GCUGUGGGGGAGGGGUCAAAAGGUAAACAAGAUGGCGGCUGCCUACUGACUGCGGCGGGGAUUGACGAUUUCAGAUUGCCGGUUACCGGAAACGGAAAUACCGAGAAUCAAAAACUCAGGACGCGGAGACAGUGCACCCGGAACUUUUUUUUUUUUACAGGAACAGGAAAUUAUCUACAGUGUAAGCGACGGGUUUAGCAUCUUAUUAACGGAGGGCACCGGAAGUACCGGUGUAACGGAAAAGCGGGCGUGAAUAGUAUAUUAAGACUAGGUCAUUCCGGGAUUGUUCAGAGUAAAUACCAUGAUUCGGUGAUACUGCAGGGUGAGGCUUCAGGAUGGAAAGGGAAGCUCCGCUAUAUAGCUGCUGUGCAGUGUACGGGUGACAUUACCAGGUGCUUCUUACUGUCUUGGACUCUUACCCUGGGUGAGGGGAGAGACUCUAAGCUUGGACAAGAUAGGCCACUAGUCAUGGGCCACAGACCAGCAACUGAUCUAAGACUGUAUAUGGACUGGAAAAGAUCCAUGGGGGAAUAGAGACAAGUGACAUAAGCAUUUUGCCUUUUGACAUCAUCACCUGGGAAGUGGGUUACGCACAGAUUAGUUUCCACAGUGACUUCAUUAUAGGAAUUUAUUGGGGACAUUAUCAGUGUAUUUGUAUAUAUAUUUUCUUUUUCACUGGGACACCAACAACCUACAGGUUUGUUAAUAAAAUUUGUACGUGUUUGGUGGCUCUGUAAGGUUGCUGCAGAGGGUCUAGUCUGUCCUACCCAGUAUGGAUGAAGAGGAGUCUCAAGAGAUGGGUUUCUUGGGAGAUUUGUCAGUGGGUAUGGACACCUUCAUCCAUCGUAUUGACUCCACUGAAGUAAUAUACCAACCACGCCGUAAGCGUGCCAAACUGGUGGGUAAAUACCUGAUGGGGGAUUUGCUAGGGGAGGGCUCCUAUGGCAAGGUAAAGGAAAUGCUGGACUCUGAUACGCUUUGCCGGCGUGCUGUUAAAAUCCUAAAGAAGAAGAAGUUGCGGAGGAUUCCGAAUGGCGAGGCCAAUGUGAAGAAGGAAAUUCAGCUCCUCCGUCGCUUGAGGCAUAGGAAUGUGAUUCAGCUGGUGGACGUGCUGUACAAUGAAGAGAAGCAAAAGAUGUAUAUGGUAAUGGAAUACUGUGUAUGCGGGAUGCAGGAGAUGUUGGAUAGUGUACCGGAGAAACAAUUCCCUAUCUUUCAGGCCCACGGCUAUUUCUGUCAGCUUGUGGAUGGUCUGGAGUACCUCCACAGUCAGGGCAUCGUCCACAAAGACAUAAAACCAGGGAACUUGCUUUUGACUACAGAUGGGACACUCAAAAUUUCGGACCUUGGCGUGGCAGAGGCAUUACAUCACUUUGCUGAGGGUGAUACAUGCAGGACCAGCCAGGGGUCCCCUGCCUUCCAGCCCCCAGAGAUCGCCAAUGGCCUGGACACCUUCUCAGGGUUCAAAGUGGACAUCUGGUCAGCAGGAGUGACCUUGUAUAACAUCACAACUGGGCUGUACCCCUUCGAGGGGGAUAAUAUAUACAAACUGUUUGAGAAUAUUGGGAAGGGAGAUUACUCCAUUCCUGAGGAAUGUGGGCCUCUGCUGUCUGACCUGCUGAGAGGAAUGCUGGAAUACGACCCAUCCAAGAGAUUUUCAAUACAACAGAUCCGACAACACAACUGGUUCCGGAAGAAGCACCCCCAGAUGGAUCCUCUAGUACCCAUCCCUCCUAGCCCAGAAACAAAGGACCGCUGGCGGAGUUUGACAGUUGUGCCUUAUCUGGAGGAUCUGCACGGGUACAGUGAGGAGGAGGAUCUAUGUGACCUGGAGGAUGAAAUAAUCUACACCCAGGAUUUCACAAUGCCAGGGCAAGUGCAAGAAGAGGGCAUGUUUGCACAAACACAAAGCAGUGCUCCCCACAAACCGCUGUGUAUGAAUGGCACAGAGAGCCAGCUUAAGACUGAGAGGAGGGUUAGCUCCACUUCUCAACGCAAGGCCAGCACAACGGGAAGCAAGGUGCGAAAAUUGUCUGCUUGUAAACAGCAGUGACCAGUGGGACAACUCUGUAAGCAUACAGGUCAUGCAGAUGUUGAUCAUUCCCAAGUUCUGUGCAGAGAGAGAGAAUUCUGUGCCUCGGUUGGGAUGUCCACGUUGCUGCAGCGGAGGGACCUUCCCGUCAAUUAUGCCCCCUAUCCCUGCCUCAUUAUGUACCCCACACACCUGUCUGGACCUCUAGGACUUGCGCAGAGUCCAGUGUCUGCUGCACUUUAUGACUUGAACUUCUCCCCCCUUCCCCUCCUCUUUCGUCUGGCUGUGUACCACAUGUAUUAUACAUUGAGGAGGUGGGGGUCCAACCAGCAGCCCCUACUGAGCCCUCACAUAAAAUAAAAUGCAAAAAGGGGGCCGCUGGUCCUCCCCAACCAAACCCAGUGGGUGAGUGUGCGUUUGAGGUGGAGUAGCCAUGUUGUCACUACCAGUGGUUAAAACACGGGUUAUUAUAUUAUUUUUUUUUCCCUUAGUGAUUAAAUGUUUAUUUGGCAUCUGGUUCCUGAGAGGAUUUAGCCCCGUCAGUCUAAUUAUAUUACAGAAGGGGUUAAAUAUCAGUGUAUGCCUGUGGAUUGUUACAGUGUGAAAAUAAAGCUGAAGAGUGACCAUA